AAUACUCAUCAGUACAAUGAUCUUGAACUUUUGCUACCUUUUGUAUAUCUACAAAACCUGUUUUGCGUCUUUCAUUCACUUAUUAACCAUUUGUUCUUUUGCAAAUAUCGUCUCAGUCUAUCUAGGAAACUCAUAAGAUGAAGACAUUAUUUCUUCUUUUAGUAACUUUUGUCUUUACAAACGCAAAAAACUACAACAGAUGUGAUUUUUUCAAAGAACUCACCGAAAAAUUCAAUAUCGCGGAAGAAACUGCAGCGAAAAUUUCAUGCAUCGCUGAGAAAUCUGUCUUUGAGACAAAUCGAGUUGUCUAUCAUCCACCACAAGAGGAACACAGUUUCUUAAGCUCCCAUCCAAACUAUGGAAUUUUUCAAAUAAACUCGAAAUAUUGGUGUUCAGAAGUUGGAAACGGAGGAAUUUGUAAGAUUAAUUGUCAAAAGUUGAUUGAUGAUGAUUUGGAAGAUGAUAUCGAAUGUUUGAAAAAAAUUGUUGGAGAUUUCCAAAACGAUAAUUGGGGAGAACCAUGGAACAUUUUCCCGCAAAUUGACUGCAACUCUGCAGAAAUUUUGAAAAGCUGUAAAGAACCUGAAAGUACAGUUUGGAGUUCAUUAGAAGAUUGUCUCACGAACUUCCCAAACUUUGAAUACGUCUUUUCUGCUGCUGGUUUCGGAGGUGUCCUCGCAAAAAAACAUGAGUUCCCACAUGCAGCUGCGAUUGGUUGGACAGAUCCUGAUACAAAUUUGAUCAAAUGGGGAUGCGGUGGAUCCCUAAUCACGGAAGAUGUGAUUUUGACAGCUUCUCAUUGUACGAUGAACCGUGAAAAGCAAGCACCGGAUGUCGUUCGUCUUGGAGAUUUGAACAUUGAAUCAGAUCAUGAAGACACUGAUGCUCAACAGUUUAAAGUUCACUCGAUCAUUCGACAUCCGGAUUACAAACACCGAUAUAACGAUAUUGCCCUCAUCAAACUUGAACGGAAAGUUAACAUCACUAAUUUUGUGAUGCCAGCUUGUUUAUGGGAUAAGUUGGAACUUCCGCGAGAUGUUGAGCUCGAAGCUUGUGGAUACGGUCAAACGGAGUUCUUGGGACCAAUUUCGCCGUUACUGAUCAAAGUUGUUGUCACGGAAGUUGGUAGAGACGAAUGUCAGAUCCACUAUAAUGAUGAUCGGAAGUUGAGAAAUGGUUUAGAUGACAGGAUUCAUCUUUGUGCGAACGAUAAAACAGGUCACAGAAUGGAUACGUGUGAAGGUGAUUCAGGAGGUCCGUUGGAAAUGAAGUUGCUAAAUUACAACUUGAAGGUUCCUUUCCUCGUUGGAGUUACAGCUUUCGGGAAAGGAUGUGGAUUUGACUCACCUGGAGUUUAUACAAGAGUCUCUUCGUACAUCGAUUGGAUCAAAAAUUUUGUUCCUGAAGUUGAAAGUGAUCCGUUGAAAUGCUCUAAGCAAUAUAUGGAUUAUCGACAGAUCGUACGUCGAGUUUACAAAAGAAAUUUUGACCCUCAAAAAUCUGUUCUAAGUUCAUCUAAUGACCAAAUUGCUACAGCUACGAUAAUCUCAGAUCAAUAUUUGAUAACAACAGCAUCAAGUCUUCAAAAGCUUUCAACAAAACCAAAUCGAAUUCAACUUGAAGCAAACCGUAGCCAGAUAAUGAUCGAAAAAAUCAUCAACCAUCCAAAUUAUUCUGAAGACAACUCAGAAAAUGAUGUAGCUCUCAUUAAACUCCAAAAUCGCAUCAGAUGGUUUAGAGAGGAUCAUCCUUCUUGCAUUAGCAAAAACCCUUUUGAAAUUAAUGCAACAACUUAUCAACAAGAAAUUUUUAACAAUCGAUCAAGCUUUGAUUCACACUAUCGAAACAUCAAAAAUGAUACUUGUCUAGUUGCAGAAUCUAAUCAGCUUUGCUACAAAAGCGAUUUUUAUCACAUUCCUGGUUUAUGUAACGUUCCAAAUGGAUCUCCAGUUAUCAAGAAAUAUUUCUCUAAUAUUCAGAUGCAAACACUUGUUGAAGGCUUGGCAGUCAAAAGUGAUGAUUGUACUUUCACGAGAGCUGUAGAUGUCUCGAAACACUUUGAUUGGAUCAAUUCUGUAGUUUUUGAGAAGCAAGAUUAUUCACCUGUAAUUUAUCGAGACUCGGAUUUGAAUAAAGGAGACAUUUGUAGAAGUAUUGAGGGGAUGACAGGAAGGUGUAGACAGAAGGAAGAGUGUAUGAAUGUUGAUGACGGGCAUAUUUUGCUCUGUAAUGGAGGAACAAUUUGUUGUUAAAAUCGUGAUAAAAUAAAUUUUCGAAAAAUUUCAACACACUCAUAAGUCAAUCAAAAUUUUAAUUGAAAAAUUCUGAGGAAGAAAAUAAAAUUUAUGACUGUUGAUUUUUCUUAAGAUUUUCCCAAUUAAAAUUUUUAAAUGAAAUUGACGUAAAAGUGUGAUUUGUGCUAAUUUUACAAUAUAUUUUUGUAACAAUUGUUAAAAUUUUAACUUAAAAAGAUAAAAUCAGUAUUCAGUGAAAUAAAAUUAAUUAAAAAAAAAAAUACAUAAGAAUAAGGGUUUCUCAUUUUUCAUUCCGCAGGGUAUUUAUCAACAUUUGUUCAUAUAUUUUUUGUGUCAAGUUUCCAUGUUCAUUUACACAUUUUCAGACAACCAGGUCAAAUCUUGCAAAACUAAA